UACACUUCUCUAACUAAAAGGUUUUAUGAUUCAGCCUCCACAGUCCGAUGUAAUGAGGCUCUUCUCAGUUUUUCAGUCUUAACCCAGACAGCAGAAUCUUAAACACAAUAUUCAUAGUCGAGAGGAAAAAGCUCUCAUAUUAUAAAGGGGGAGCGUUGGCUUUAGCAUGCAACUUGGCUUCGGUAAAAAGAGGGAGCGUCCAAGAAAGAGAGCCAUACCAAUAGAAUAAACAUUCACACACAAAGACAAGAAGAUCAUGCAAGAUAUGAAGAAGCAGCAGAAGCAGAAACAGAAACAGCUGGUCAAUGAAGAAUCUAAGAAGAAGGAGCGUCACAUUGUGACGUGGACUCAAGAGGAGGAUGAUAUACUGAGAGAGCAGAUUGGUAUCCAUGGAACUGAAAAUUGGGCAAUUAUUGCUUCUAAAUUCAAGGACAAAACGACAAGACAGUGCAGAAGAAGAUGGUACACUUACUUGAACUCUGAUUUCAAGAAAGGAGGAUGGUCACCAGAGGAAGACAUGCUCUUAUGUGAGGCACAAAAAAUAUUUGGUAACAGGUGGACAGAAAUAGCAAAGGUGGUUUCAGGCAGAACGGAUAAUGCUGUUAAAAACCGUUUCUCCACAUUGUGCAAAAAGAGAGCAAAAUAUGAAGCCUUAGCAAAAGAAAACAACACUGCAUACAUCAAUUCAAAUAACAAAAGGAUUUUUCUCCAUCAGAACUGUCAUACAGAUGCAGCAUCAGAAUCUGCAGUAGCUCUUAAGAAGAUGAGGAGGUCCCAUAUCCCUGAUUCUGCAGAAAAGAUCAACUUCGGAGACAGAUCACAUAAACAAAAUGGAAUUCCAAUAAAUCAGCAGCCAAGAGCACCAUUUGCAGUUUUAGCUCAAAACUCUCAUAAUGUCAACAUGCCAGACCAGCAUCAUGUCUGCACUUUGAAGUUUAGUGGUUAUGCUCAAAACAACAAGAUUCAAGGAACAUUCCUUAAAAAGGAUGAUCCAAAGAUAAGUGCAUUGAUGCAACAAGCAGAGUUACUAAGUUCGCUAGCUCUAAAAGUUGAUGCAGAGAACAUGGACCAAAGUCUUGAAAAUGCGUGGAAGGUUCUUCAAGAGUUUCUGAACAGAACCAAAGAAUCAGAUAUUCCCAGAUAUAAGAUUCCAGAUUUACAGCUCGUAGAUCUUAAAGAUUUGUUGGAGGACUUAAAGAGCAGUAGUGAGGAAAUCCAGCCAUGCUGGAGGCAAAUGGAACUAUAUGAAGACUCUCCUGGAAGUUCUGAAUACAGUACAGGAUCAACUCUCCUUCCUCAUGCAGCUGGUGAGAAUUUGGAACACUCACUGCAUCAGGAUAUUGGAACUGAACUAAAGUGUAUACAAAUUGGAGAUCAAAAAGGAUUUAGGGGAUGUGACCAAGGUGGUCUUUCUAGUGCAACUCUGGGUCAAGAUUUAUUCCCAUGUUGUGAGGAACAGAUAAACAAUGAUGGCAUUGUUUCUAUCUUGUCAAGUACGGAGGAGUUCAGUUCACCUCUCCAAGUUACCCCUCUGUUCAGAUCCUUAGCUGCUGGAAUUCCUAGCCCUCAAUUUUCAGAAAGUGAAAGGAACUUCCUUAUGAAAACACUCGGAAUGGAGUCUCCAUCCCUCAACCCAAGUACCAACCCCUCGCAACCGCCACUCUGCAAAAGAGCCCUUCUACAAAGUUUAUAAUUCGAAUCUCUAAUUCAUCUGAAAUACAAAAUAUUUAGAUGUCAUUUCCCCUUUCUGAACCCUUUCUCCCCACCCAUGGCAAUCUGGCUUGUUAGUUCUUCUAUGCCUGGUUUGAGAAAGAUUGCAAUUUUGUUCAGCCUAAAAUUUUGAAAGCCAUACCCUCCCCUAGAAUGUUAUGGUACAUUCUAAGGAUCUUCAACACAUCUAACUGUGUCCUUUUCCUCUCCUCCCCCACAAAGGGGUUACCUUUCUUAAUAC